UUCGCGCCAAAUCAGCCCACAAAACUCAUCUUCAUCAUCACUCGAAGCUCCAAAACCCUCGAGAGCUCGAGCGAGUUCGAGAGAGAUCGAGAGAGAGAUGACGAUCGACGACGAGAACUCGAUAUACGUCGGAGGUAUCCCCUACGAAUGCACCGACGAUGAUCUUCGUGCGGCCUUCGACAUCUAUGGCGCCAUCGUCGCCGUCAAGAUCAUCAACGAUCGUGAUGUUGGGGGCAAGUGCUAUGGGUUCGUCACCUUCACAAACCCUAGGUCCGCUGUCGACGCCAUCAACGAUAUGGAUGGCCGGGCAAUCGGGGGGAGAACGGUGAGGGUGAACGAGGUGCGGACGAGAGGCGCCGGGAGGCCUGGAUUCCAUCGUGAUAGGUUCCGGCGGGAGGGCGAGUGGGUCAGGGAUCGAGGUAGGGAGCAUAAUCGGUAUCGUGAUAGGAAUGCGGAAAGAUCUAGGGAUCGGGAUAGAGAGUUUGUACGCGGGGGUAGAGAGCAUCCUCUUGAUCGGGUUCGGGAGAGGGAUGAACACCGGGAACGUGAUUGGGAUGUGGAUUGGGAUCGGGAUAGAGAGGCGGACAGAGGUAAAGAUCGUGAUGUAAGUAGGGACGGGAAUGGGGAACCACAGCCUAAGAAUCGCUUCAAUGCUUCUCAUGUUGAUGGUCAUCGAAGCAGAGAAACAUCAUCAAAUUCCAGUGAUGAAUAUGAUGACCAGCUCAAAGAGCAAUUGGAGAUGUCAAGAUGCAAGCAGGAAGAACUUCAAAAGGAGCUCACUUUGAUUGAAGAGAAAGUUGAAGAGAAAGAAAAGCUUGUUUCAGAUUUGCAGAAGAGGAGUGAGAAGUUGGAGGGUGCAUUGGCCAGCGUGAAAAAACUCUCAUCUCAGCGCCAGUCAUUGCUAACCAAUUUUGUGAGAUGCUAUAUGCAGUCCAAGGAAUUCAAGGAGAGGCUGAAAGGCUGUGAAGAGGAACUCCAAUCACUGUUUGAUACGGCGAUGGCUGAAGUCAAUGGGGUUGAAAGCUUUGGUGGUAGAGAUGAUUCAUCAUAUCCGAAUGGGAAACUAUGAAAAGUUGGGCCAAGUUGGGAAGGUCCUUAUUGAAGGAUCACAUUGCCCCUAAAUGCUGGCAAUGGAUAGCCAGGUUGUAUUAUUUAUGUCAAAAAGUCACCAGCUGCAAUAUUGUUCAUUUCUAAUUCGGUGACAUUUAUUAGAAGGAAAAAAAAAACCACCAUGUUUCCAUCUUCCAGUUAUGUGAGCUAAUUACCUAAUUCUGAUUUUA